AUGGGCUGGUAUCUUAAAGGCUAUCAGCUGAAAGAGCUGAAGGAACUCCCACAGCAAGAGGCAAUCAAGAUCAUCUCAGUCAUGGCAUUGUGUGGCCUUCAGGAUGUUUCAACAGCCUAUAUAGGAGGAGGACUAUUUACUGGAGUAGGGGCAAUUCUACUGCUGCUGGUGUCAAACCUCCUUUUAUGGGAGAAUGUGGCCUCUGUGCCUUUGAGUACUAACGAGACUGAUGAUGAUAACCUAUACCUCAAAGAAUUCUUUGAUCAUGCCAUGAUACUCUUGCAUAAUAUCAGUAAGCUCAACAUUGAAAUGCGUAAGAUAUAUUUUUAUUUUUAUUUUAUUUAUUUUUAUUUUUGCCAUACCCCACUCUGGACUCAGCUCGUCUCACAAUCAGAGUCAUAUGACAAAUUCAUGCUUGAGUAUUUUGUGGAUCAGGAGUUUCUGGUCAAGACUCUCAGUUGCUGCCACAAUUACUCCAUCAAAACGCCAAAAAACAUGGAUGAAAUCCAAAAGAUCACUGUUCAAGAUUUUCCAGAACUGAUACUCAGUAGAGUACAGGCUUGGAAUGACACUCUUCACAACCUCCUGACCAUACUUGAAAGUACACCAGGAACACAUGAUGCUGUCCUCUCGAUAGCCAGAGACAUUAGGACAAAAAAUGCAGAACUUUUUGAGGACAGCAAGAGAAUACUCAACAAGACUUAUGGAAAAAUAGAGAUUGUAAAGCACGCUGUCCUGGCGGGUCUUGAAGACUUCCAAUCAUCUGAUGAAGAUUUUCGGCUAUUUGCUCUUUGUAAAUUAUCUUAUUGUUUACGUGAAGACAUGAAUAUGGUUAACACUUGUCUUCAGCUCUUGAGUUGUGUGAUGCUUGUUAAAAGUGAUGUGUGCUUCUACCCCCAAAUUAGAGAUAACUCAUGA